GUUUAGCUCGGCGACGCAUGCGCAGAUGGACACAAGCCUGUGUCUCCCCUCAGUAUCAACGGUAGACAGUCUCGUGUAACGCAAUUCUUCUGUGAAGUCGCACGAUUUCUCCUACUCGAUUUAUCUUCUGACAUAAAACUGAACUUUAACGAACAUGGCUCCUCCGACUUACAAAGAUUUGGGCAAAAGUGCUCGCGAUGUAUUUUCUAAUGGUUAUCAUUUUGGCCUCUUAAAAUUAGAUGUCAAAACCAAGACUGAUUCUGGUGUCGAGUUCUCUAGCGGUGGAGUAUCUAAUCAAGAUACUGGAAAAGUAUUUGCUACCUUGGAAACCAAAUAUAAAAUCAAGGAAUAUGGUUUGACGUUUAGCGAGAAAUGGAAUACAGAUAACACUCUUGCAACUGAUAUAACUAUCGCAGAUAAAAUAUUUAGUGGAUUUAGUAUUGGUUACAGUUGUACUUUUUCACCUCAAACUGGCACUAAAACAGGACAACUGAAGACUACUUACAAACAUGAAAAUGUAUCGGCAACUGCUGACUUUGAUUUGAGUCUUUCUACUGGUCCGCUCAUUAACGCUACUGCAGUUGUAGGAUAUCAAGGAUGGCUUGCUGGUUAUCAAGCUUCUUUCGACUCGCAGAGAAGCAAGCUUACGAAGAACAAUUUUGCUCUUGGAUUUACUGCUUCUGAUUUUGCUUUCCACACUUCUGUGGAUAAUGGACGUGAAUUUGGUGCCUCCAUUUAUCAUAAAGUAAAACCUGACUUGGAAGGUGCUAUUAAUUUGGCUUGGAAUUCCAGUAAUAAUGUGACACAAUUUGGACUUGGUACCAAGUAUAAUCUUGACAACGAUGCAAGUGUUAGGGCCAAAGUUAAUUCUCAACUUCAGAUAGGUUUGGGAUAUCAACAGAAACUUCGCGAGGGUGUAACUUUGACUCUUUCUACCAACAUUGAUGGAAAGAACUUUAGUUCUGGUGGACACAAAAUUGGUUUAGCAUUAAAUCUUGAGGCUUAAAUAUUGACGUUUACAAAGAAAAAAAAAAGACGUCUAAAAAAGUUAUGACUUCAUGACUUUUAUGUCAUAAAAACUGCAACUCAGUACAUGCUUCAAAUAAAAAUAUUACCUACAACAUAUAGAUAGGUUUAUCCUUAAAUAGAUGCCACACAAAAAUGUUAUGCAUCACUUCUAAGCAGUUACAGGGACUAACUAUAUUUAAAGUCAUGAUCGUGGGAUAAAAUACAUUGAAUUGUUACAAAAGUAUCUUCUAUAAUGCAAGUAAACAAAAAAAUAUGUGUGGUAUGAUUAUUCGUUCUUCACUUCAAUAAUAUCCUACAUACAUAUAAUAAUUUAUUGCUAAUUUGUCCGAGUAAUUUAAUUCUGUAACAAAAUAAAAUAUUUGCUACACAAUGUUGUACCAAAGAAGGGGAUAAAAUAUAUGUGAAAUUACAUUCACAUAAAUUAAUGUUAAACUUAACUGCCAUUAUGUGCUACAAGAAAAAUUGCGAUAAUGCAUGUAUAUUUACUUUGUUGACUUAUUCACACAACAGAACUUAGUACUUCUCACCAAUGAAUUUAUGUAAGAAUUCUGACAUUCAUUCACAAAACGAGCAAUACAUUUUAUUGACAAAAAAGUA